GUUAACGGCUCUCAAACACGUCAGAUUAGGUUAGCUAAAUUAGCUAAAAGUAGUUUAGCUUCAGGUUAGCCUCGCAUUAUCGUACAUAAUACCAGUACACCUCGUCUGAAUGGUUGAUGCGUUCAGGAAGUUACUGUGAUGAUCAAUGAAGCAGGACUAACGAAUCAAAAGGAUGUCAGGCGGCAACAGAUCAGCAGCAGAGCAGCAUGUCAGGAGCUGGGAGGGAUUCAGUGUCUUGUUCAAGAACGCUUGAACAGUUUCCAACCUGGAAAUGUCUGAGGUCAGACAGAGGGGUUUUCUCAGUGACAGUCGAACUGUGUCAUUGGCCUCGACUGAGAAACCAGAGUGCAGAGGAAGUUGUCAUCUUUGCACCUGCUCCACCCUACUAUGUGCAAAUCUAGAUGCAUGCACGGAAGUUAGGUUUCAGAACAGGAGGACACAGGUGGUUAGAUGCUGUGCCAGUUGGUCUGUGAGUGUGUGUGUGUGCCUGGCUGCUGUUACUGUCAUAAAGCUACAACAGUAGGACAGAGGCUGUGUUUAUAUAGGUUGGCUCGUGGAGUAAAAAGCGUGAAGGGUCUGAAAAAGUCUGAAAAGACAGCGAAUCAAAGUGUCUCGAGGUGGACGGGUGACAGCCAGGGAUGGGGACGAUCCCGCACGACAUUAGGAGGCUUUUGGAUGACUGCGAGCUGUUUGUAUUAGAGAUCCUUCAAGAUGAGGUCCUCAGUGAAAGUGCCGCAGAGACAAGGGCAGUCUUACUGAAUAACUUCAGGGUCGUACACAUGAGAAACCCUCAAGAAUUCCCCUUUCCAUCGGACUACAGGGAAGAAGAAGGUUCUGAUGACAACCGCAGUUCUAGUCUGGGUCGCUCUGUCCAAUCAGACGACGCCUCAUUAGCGUCUGACAACCAGGAUGAUGGAGCCCCUGAGUACUUUGGAGACAUCCCUCCCGUGGCAGCCCCGGAUGUCAUCAACGUCUUGAAGCAAGGCUACUUGGAGAAGAAACGACGAGAUCACAGCUUCUUCGGCUCAGAGUGGCAAAAGAGAUGGUGUGUUCUGAACAAUCUAAUAUUCUACUACUUUGGGAGUGAAAAAGAUAAACAGCAGAAGGGCUCUUUUUAUAUUAGCGACUACAGUGUGCAGCUGGCACCCAACCUGAGGAAAGACUCCAAAAGAAAUGCCUGUUUUGAGCUCUUUGGCCCUGGACGGCGCUCAUUUCAGUUCACAGCCAACAGUCCUCAAGAGGCCAUGGAAUGGGUGGAACAAAUCAAGAUUGUACUGAGAGAUCUCAGCUCCACCGUCAUUCCUGUCGAUGAUGAAGAGGAGGAUGAGGAAGAGGAGACCUAUGAUGACAUUGAGGGGUUGACCAACCCUCCCCCGCCUCGGCCCGGUGCUGUCCCUGCCCCUCAGAUCGGCAGGUGGGGAGGAGGGCAGGAGACGGGGGAGGUCGACGAGGAGGACGAGGAUAUCUACGAGGUGCUGCCAGAAGAGGAUUUUCCAGAUCCGACGGAUGAGAGCGCAGAGAGGAACAACAAACCAGCUUGGUCAUCAGAUUACGCCAACUACUACCAGGGGUUAUGGGACUGCCCGGCAGACGAGCCAGACGAGCUGGACUUCCAGAGAGGAGAUCUCAUCUACAUCAUUAGCAAGGCACUCAUGGAGAACGGCGGGAUGGAGUGGGAAGAGAUUUAUGGCACAAACCCGUCCAGGGUCCUUAAAACUCUGGCAAGCCCUGCCACCACCUCUUCCUCUUUCUCUCCAUCGCCCUGCUCACCUCUCCUCCUCCAUCCGCCAUCCAACCAAAACCCAGAGAGAGGGAGACAGGGCCAGCCAAUCCGGCGCGUCUCCCAAAGCAGAGCGUCACAUCACAUUUGGCCAAAGUGUUCAGCUGCGGCUGCUCGUUAGAGACAAUGAGAACAUGGACACCACUGACACCUUGUGGCUGCUUCUAGCAAAGGACGUUUUCAUUAAAUGACAACUUAUACAAACACCCAAAGCUGAUUUACAGCCUUAUAGAUUUACUCGCUGUGAUUUACAGUCUCUUAGGAUAUUAAGAAUAUUCUAAAAGUCAUUUUCUAUCGCUUGUAUUCCAGCCAGGGUCAUAACAGACUUCUUCUAUGUUUAACAAGACUGUUUGGCCCGCUGCCCACAGGUCACACCGACUGAAUGCGGUCGAAGAAAAGGAAAAGUGGGCAAACAAUCAGAUGGGAAAAGUCAAGCAAGAGAGACAAAGAGAGUGGAUCCUUUUAUUCCUUUGUGUGAACCCUGUCCCCCCCUCUCCUUUCUCCUUUUCUCUGUCACACACACCCAUUUAAAGACCCCUGGCUGCUAUUGUAGCCAUAGACACCAAGACGCUAUAGACAGGCAAGACAUCCUAUUUACCACCCAAAGUAGCAGGGGGUGAGUCUGGGGUUUGGGGUCAUGCAGGAGGCAGCGGUCAUCCCCCGGUCAACUACAGUAGGUCAUUAUUCAGCCCAAGCCAAUAGCCCAGAACCACGUCCGAGCAACCCACCCCCAAUCCAUUCUGCUUAAUUAUUAUAAAUGAGGGGCGGCGUAAACAGCCAUCAUUACAGACACUCAGUGGCAUACACAAAUCCACUUUAAAUUGCUAUUAAGUUAAGGAGCUAUCUGUAAUCCCAGGCGUGCAUUAGAAAGGAGCGAGUAGGUUUUCUUUUUAUUAAAUCUCAUCGUCCCUGAGAUAUUUUCAAAUGUUCUCAUGCUCUGUCAUGUUUCCAAUUUGAAGCCAAUUCACUGAUUUAAUUAAAAGCCCCACUUGGAAAAAAUG